UUGCGCUCGCGGCUUCCCGGGCCCAGUGCCGCGUCCGCGUGGCCGCCUCGCAGCCCCCCACACCGGUGCCAUGGCUGCCUUGUGCCGCCUGGGCCUGCGGCUCAGCUGCCCUGGGCUGACUCCCUGGGCUAGGUCAUCCAUGCGCAGCAUCCAGACCCUUCAAGUACUGCAUGGAGAUCUGGGCCAGUUGCCUGAGGGGGUUCGAAACUUUGUGGAGCGCAGCGCCCGCCUGUGCCAACCACUUGGCAUCCACAUCUGUGAUGGGACCGAAGCUGAAAACAAUGCCACCCUGAGUCUGCUGGAGCAGCAGGGCCUCAUACGCAAGCUCCCCAAGUAUGAUAACUGCUGGCUAGCCCGCACGAACCCUAAGGAUGUGGCACGUGUCGAGAGCAAGACGGUCAUUGUCACUCCUUCUCAGCGUGACACAGUGCCCCUUCCCACCAGUGGGGCCCAUGGGCAGCUGGGCAACUGGAUGUCCCCUGCAGAGUUUCAGCGAGCAGUGGAUGAGAGAUUUCCAGGCUGCAUGCAGGGCCGGAUUAUGUAUGUGCUUCCAUUCAGCAUGGGUCCUGUGGGCUCCCCACUGUCACGCAUCGGGGUACAGCUCACUGACUCCGCCUACGUGGUGGCAAGCAUGAGGAUCAUGACACGCCUGGGGACACCUGUGCUUCACGCCCUGGGAGAUGGAGACUUUGUCAAAUGUCUGCACUCUGUGGGCCAGCCCCUCACUGGGGGAGGGGAGCCGGGGAGCCAGUGGCCAUGCAACCCAGAGAAGACCCUGAUUGCCCAUGUGCCCGACCAGCGGGAGAUCGUCUCCUUCGGCAGCGGCUAUGGUGGCAACUCUCUGCUGGGCAAGAAGUGCUUUGCCCUCCGCAUCGCCUCUCGACUGGCCCGAGAUGAGGGCUGGCUGGCGGAGCACAUGCUGAUUCUGGGCAUCACCAACCCUGCAGGGAAGAAGAAUUAUGUGGCUGCUGCCUUCCCUAGCGCCUGUGGCAAGACGAACCUAGCCAUGAUGCGGCCAGCCCUACCAGGCUGGAAAGUGGAGUGUGUGGGCGAUGACAUUGCCUGGAUGAGGUUUGACAGUAAUGGUCAGCUCCGGGCUAUCAACCCUGAGAAUGGUUUCUUUGGGGUGGCCCCUGGCACCUCUGCCACCACCAACCCUAAUGCCAUGGCCACAAUCCAGAGCAACACAAUCUUCACCAACGUGGCCGAAACCAGCGAUGGUGGCGUAUACUGGGAAGGCAUCGACCAGCCUCUUCCCCCAGGUGUCACCGUCACCUCUUGGCUGGGGAAACCCUGGAAACCUGGUGACAAGGAGCCAUGCGCACAUCCUAACUCUCGAUUCUGCGCCCCGGCUCACCAGUGCCCUAUCAUGGACCCCGCCUGGGAGGACCCUGAAGGUGUCCCUAUUGAUGCCAUCAUCUUUGGAGGACGAAGGCCCAAAGGAGUGCCCCUGGUCUAUGAGGCCUUCAGCUGGCGCCAUGGGGUGUUUGUGGGCAGUGCCAUGCGCUCUGAAUCCACUGCAGCUGCUGAACACAAAGGAAAAGUCAUCAUGCACGACCCAUUUGCUAUGCGGCCCUUUUUUGGCUACAACUUCGGGCAUUACCUUGAACACUGGCUGAGCAUGGAAGGGCACAAGGGGGCCCAGCUGCCCCGAAUCUUCCACGUCAACUGGUUUCGGCGUGAUGAGGCAGGCCGCUUCCUGUGGCCAGGCUUUGGAGAGAAUGUUCGGGUGCUAGACUGGAUCUGCAGACGGCUAGAAGGGGAAAAUAGUGCCACAGAGACACCAAUCGGGUUAGUGCCAAAGGAUGGCGCCUUGAAUCUCAGCCACCUAGGGGCUGUGGAUACCACCCAGCUAUUCUCGCUCCCCAAGGAUUUCUGGGAACAGGAAGUUCGAGACAUUCGGAGCUACCUGACAGAGCAGGUCAACCAGGAUCUGCCCAAGGAGGUGUUGGCUGAACUGGAAGCUUUGGAGAAACGAGUGCAGAAAAUGUGACUUAAGGCUCCAGAAUAAUGACAACACACAGCCUAGGUAUAGGAAAGCAGCAGGCUUACAGAUAUAGGACACAUUUUUAUUGUUGUUUGGUUAUGGACCACACCCAGUAAUGCUCAGGGUUACUCCUGGUUCUACAUUCAGGAAUUCUUCUAUCAGGGCUCAGAGGACCAUAUGGGAUACCAGGGAUUGAACCCGGGUCAGCCACAUGCAAGGAAGCACACUGCCUGUUCCUGCGCAAUUGCAGAAUUCAGGACACUUUGCUAUGUCUGACAUCUUUGGUGCCAUGAGGCUGGACCGCAGAUCUCCCACACAUACUGUCUAAUAAUGAGAUGCUCCUUU